CCGUUUCACUGGUUCAGUAGCCAGUUCAGUAUCGCGUCUGCAUGCAACAAGAGUGAACAGACACCUCUAGAUACAUAAAAUCUAUUACAAAUUAGUUUAUGAAGCCACAUUAUUCAUUCGCAAUGGGUUAUAAUUUCUAAGUAUAUACUUAGGUAGGCCAGCACCUAAGCCUGUUAUGAAAACCAACACACAAAACUUAUACUUGAACCAAAUAUUAUCUAUUCAGUGUAUCAGUAAAUAGCAUCUGUCAUUUUAAAAUUCAUGGAUUUUGUUAUAAUUGUUCCGACAAACAACUUACACACCCACUUUUACUUUCCACUAGACAUCAUUUAAAUCAUAAAUCAAUAUUGAAGAGAUUACCUUUCUUCGUUCGCGGGAUAGCUGUUUAAGAAGAAACCCGGUGCUUUUGAAUACCUUGUUGAGGACUUCAAUCUUAAAUAGGAUAGGACCAUGGCCACCUGUCUUUUUUCUUAGCUUGCCUUUACAAACUAUAGAACACUAUGGCACUUGUCUUUCAACACUUGUAAAUUAAUCAGUAGUUUUGUUAUUAUUAUUUACUAUUCAUGUGGCUUAGACUAAAAGAAGACAAAAAUUAAGUUAUUCAGGCAAACAAAACCGAAAUUCUUUCUGGAUUAAGAAAAAAAACUAAAUAGCCAUGUGACAAGAAUGCGUUCUAAAAAAGUAAACAGUUCUCAAGCAAUUCACCGUGAAAUCGAUUCUAUUCACUUUAGUGUUGGCUGAAUGUUACGCGGGUCGGACACGACCGCGGCGCUAACAAUGUAUUUUGUUUGUUAUUGUUAUGGGCAACUGCCUACACGCCGCUUUUAAUAUGUACAAUAUAUCGUGUCGGUCCACAACUUUCUUGCAGUAAACACUUAUUUUAAUUUAACCCUUCAUAUUAAUUGUAUAUUUAAAGAGGACUUUCAAGCUUAAACUCUGAAUACUUUUUUGAGUGCUAAUUUACUUUUUAGGAUUCCAUGAAAACAAAUUGCAGAAUUUAUAAACCAAAGCACUAUUUCAGCUGUCGCAAAUCUCUGCUCCAUUUGUUUGUUUUUAUGAUAAAACCUUGCCCGACGUAAAAACACCCUUAUCGAUUAAACUCGAAAGCAAAUCGAUUUUAAUGUUUCAUUUUAUGUUGUUUCAGGUCACAGCCUUGGCUGUGCUCAGCAUAGCAUCGGCAAAGAAUGCAACAGCAAAAGCGAAACCGAAACGACAGUUAGACUCCAUACGAACACAUGAAAACUUACAGUACUCCCUCGUGCUCCCUCAUUCAAGGGUCCAACACUACAGAGCACUGAACAACAACCGACGAAUCUCUCAUGCACCAACAAAGGGAAAAUUGCCUCCUUAUGCAGUUCAAAUGGAACCCGUCGUUCAAUACUCUCAGAAGGAUCCUCUAUACGAUCCUAACCAGGAAAACUUUGAGGAUUCAGUCGUGAACAAAAAUGAGAUCUACGCUCAAUCAAAAAUUCUGAAUAUUCAAGAUCAAUCUGCUGAAAGUUUCGGACCUCCCUAUGGCAGUCUGCCGACUGCUCCUUUGUACAGUCACGAACCUCACCCUCACUACUACGAGACUCCUGAGCCUAUUAUUGAAAUAAUAAUCAAGGAGUCUAAUGAAACUUUACCAGCACCUCCUCCUCAGCCGGUUCAAAAGAAAAAGAAAGAACCCGUUCAUGUUUUCUACGUUAAAUACAGCAAAGAUCCUCAUUCCAAGGACAAGGUUAUAUACGAGAAGCCUAUACCAGCUAUAACUCCAGCUACUAAUGAAGAAGACGAACAUCACGAAGACGAAUACAUUACAGUAACACCCGAACCUUAUGUGCCUCCUAAAACGACUACUUUAAGAGCUAUUAUUAAGCCAGAAUCUGAAGUGUAUCACAGUGACAGUAGUGUUAAAGUUACAUUCGGCAACGAAGGUCGCCAUUACAGUGACAGGCGUGAAGGAAACAGCCAUGUUGAACGCCAUGAAGAGACUGCUCCUAAGCCAGCUAUUGCAUACCCGAAUCAACCGUUACAGUCAACUCAGCAAACUCAUCACAAUCAGCAAGUCCACCAAAGUCAUCCUCAGUUAGAACGUUCCGCUUCACCUAAACCACAGUUUAUCGAAUCCAGUACCAAACCUACGUAUAUUCAACACCAGCAUCACCAGCAGCCACAAAACUACAGACCUGGUCCUCCACAAGCUCAAAGUCGCAUCCAGUUCCAACCGCAACAUCUUCCUAGCGAACAGCAAUUGCCAAGGCAAGGGCCGUCUGUGGCACCUUUCAGGCCACAACAACAGCCUCUUACGCCACGAAUUCCAUUUGGACCAACGCCUACAUUCAAUGCUGCAUUCUCAAAUGGUCCAAUCGGUCCUCUGCCACAUUUUGGAAGCCCAACUGCCCCUAGCCCAUCCGUCGCUUUCCCGACCGCCCCAUUUCCAAGACCGAACAAUGGUCCACAUUUCCAUUCCCGCGUUAACGGUCCUCCCUCUUUUGCUUCAAGGCCCCCAGUUAAUAACCCUCCAAGGCUCAGUUUCCAUUCAGGGCCACAAAGACCUUUACCAACUCAAUCAAAGCCAUAUUUCGAUGAUCCCAAAUACUUGCAAGAAAACUAUCACACUAUAACUACCGAACAAGUGGAUCCGCCGAAACAACAACAGCCACCUAACAGGCCUCUUCAGUCCUUUAACCCUCUUUCUCAACCAAGCCCAAGCCCAAGUCCUGCACAAUUCUUUGAACAUCGCCGCCCGCCUAUCCUACCUCUUAACCAACAACUUCCCCAGCACAGACCUGCACAGCAAUUUGUGGGUUCAAUUCAUAGUAAACCCUCGCAAAACGUAAAUCCGAGCGCUUCCCCGUUCUUUAACCUGAAGCCUUCACCCCCGCACAUUGAAAACAAUCGCCCACCUUUCCAACAACACUCACUGCAAUCUCAACAGCAACAACAAUUUAGCUUCCACCAAGGACCCCAGGGUCUGCCCAAGCCAUCACCGCAAAUUCCAUUCCAACAACAACACUCAUUCCCCGGCCCACUAUCACCCUCACCUUCGCCAUCACCUAUACCUCAGAAUCAGUUCGUUCCCCAGCCUUCCUCUGCUCCUCUUUACAAUUUCCACCCUCAACCGUCGCCAUCGGAACGACCACAAUUCCAGCAGCAGGGGCCAUCAGAAAGACCGUUUAAUCAUCAAGCAAACAUUGGUUCAUUAGUGCCUAAUGGUGGAGAGCUUGUGCCAGCUAUAUCAAAAUAUGAACAGCAUAUAACUGUUAGCGGACCUACAGUUCAACCUUUCAGUGGAUUUGGAGAAUCUAGUCCUAGUCAACCGUCGCCAACACCUAGUCAACAGGCACAGCAAUAUCAUCAACUUCAGCAACAUCAGCAUCAACAACAGCAAUUCCAACAGCAACAACAACAACGUCAUGAGGAACAACAACAACGACAUGAGCUGCAACAGCAGCAGCAGCAACGUCAACAACAUCAACAGCAUCAACAACAACAGCAGAUUGAAUACCAGCAACACCAGUACCAACAACAACAGGAGCAGAACCACCGUCAACAACAACAGAACCUUCAACAACAUGUUCUCCAACAACAGAAACAGCAACAACAGCAACAGUUAAACCAACAAGAACAAGAACAAGAGCAAGUUAGAUUGCAAUUAGCGCAUAACGUUCAAAAACAGCAAGAGGAAAUUCAACGUCUUCAAGCUCAGUUACUACAAACUCAAAAUCAGCAGCAGCAACAUCAAUUCCAAAGUAAUUAUAACCAGCAAGUACAAGCCACAUCACCUAGAUCGCAAUAUAUUCAAGAAAGAUCACGACCUCAUCCUACUUUCGCUACAAGCACUGCCUCCCCGCCUUACUAUCAAUCAACGUCUCGGACGGUAGAAAUUAAACCAACCACUCAAAAAUAUGCAUCUUCCACUCAAAACUCAAUUAACCCAGCAUCAGAAACUAAAAAGGAAGAGAAAAAGAAGAAGCCCGCUAUUGAACUUCCUGACGAAGUACCCGAUGACCUACGUGAGCAGCUAUUCUCUUCGGGUAUCUUAGAUAAUGCUGACAUAAGUGUUCUAGAUUACGACAAAGUAGGGGAAACACCUUUAGAAUCCCUGCCUCCUGAUCAGUUGGCUAACUUUUUCGGAGCUGGAGGUGGACAACAGAUUGCGUCAAGUGAGAACAGACCCGUAUUUGUAAAGCCAAAUGGAGAUAGCAUUGAAUCAAGGAUAGAUGAUGAUUUAGAAGAUGACCAGGAAUUUGCGGCCUCAGAAAAUGCUCCCAGUUACGUCGCUCCGCCACCAGGACAAGCAGUAGAAAUGAAAGUUGUCCAUUUCAACCCUGAAACUCCCGAAGGACAGAAUCUGGCUAAGGAGUACAUAAAGGAAAAUGCCACGCAAGUCGACCCCGUUGCUCUGAAUGAUAAAAGAUACAACAGAUAUUUGCCAUUAAAAGUAAGUGGCAACCAGUUCCCGUUACCAGAUGUGCUUAAAGGAAGAAAAGUAACCUCAGUCGUAGUUUUAGCACCAGUUGAAACGGAAAUCUUAGGGGAACACUCAAGAAAAGAGCGAGCAACCGGAGAAAAUUUAAAAGGAAUCAAAUUCGUCGCUGGCGAGAGUCUUCAGGAAUUACUAAAGCGUCCAACAAAAGACAACUUUGAAAAAUGGUUGGAAGUCGAAAAGAAGACCGCUACAGAUUUACAAUCGGUUGUCUUACUAGUUACUGGAGACGCAGACACUACCGGUGAAAAGGAAAUCUUCAUGUAUGACAUCGGUUCAGGCAACGUGAACAAACUCAGCGGUGAUCUAUCAAAUGCUUUCGUAGAAGCUGCAGAGAACAACUCUCUUAGUAAAGAUAUUGAAUCAUUGGCCAUUGAAGGAGAAGGUACUCCGGAAAAUUUUAACAAGGACAAAAGUGAUGAUGUUGUAGCAGAAGGUUCUGAAAAUGUGCCAUUAUUUGUAGAUUUAUCAGGUUUAAAUUUAGAUGAGGAAAAUUCAAAUCAAGUUUCAAUAUCAUCAGGUUACAGUAAAACGAAACAUGGCAGGUCAUUAAGGAGACAUUAAUAAUAAUAAGCCGAAUGGCGUCUGAUCCUUGUAAAUAGUAUAGCAUUAGUAUUACUAAAUUAAUAUCGACGCGAUUAUUGCGUAUAGUCGUAAUUGUUUUUUUUUUUACAAAAGUGAUAAUGGUUGUACAAUAUAAAAUAACUGCCCUUUA